AGCAAUUUUCAAGACUCUGCAAUUAUUCUUGGGAUUACAGCAUAGGAAGAAGUCAGAAUUUGUCCUAAGUACAAGCUCUAAAACAGGUAAAAAGUGAUAGUGCUGCUGUUGAAGAUGUUGAGAACAUGACUUGCAGAACAGUGAGAUUUCUCCCAUGGAUGGUGGUGAAAAGAUAAAGUUCAAUAAAGCAUCACUGAAGAAAAGAGACAAGAACAACACCAUGAAGCAAGAAGCACAUCAUCCCAAUAACACAUACCCACAUACCAGCUUUGCUGCUAUCUAUGGCAACCAUAUUGGAGACUUCCCUCCUUAUCAGAACUUCACCUUCCCUCUCAACUUCAGCUACAGUGACUAUGAUCUACUCUUGGAUGAUGGUGAUGAUAUGACAAAGACUCGCACUUUCUUUGCUGCCAAAAUUGUCAUUGGUGUGGCACUGGCUGGCAUCAUGUUGGUCUGCGGUAUUGGCAACUUCAUUUUCAUUGCUGCUCUCAUCCGUUAUAAGAAGCUGAGGAAUCUCACCAAUCUUCUCAUUGCCAACCUGGCUAUCUCAGACUUCAUUGUGGCCAUUGUUUGCUGUCCAUUUGAGAUGGACUAUUAUGUGGUGCGCCAGCUAUCCUGGGAACAUGGCCAUAUCCUCUGUGCAUCCAUCAAUUACUUGAGGACUGUCUCCCUCUAUGUUUCAACUAACGCACUCUUGGCCAUUGCUGUGGACAGGUACCUUGCCAUUGUUCACCCACUGAAACCUCGGAUGAAUUACCAAACAGCAACCUGUCUAAUUGCUUUGGUGUGGAUCGUCUCCCUAAUCAUUGCAAUACCAUCAGCCUAUUUUGCAACGGAGACCGAACUAUUCAUGAUCAAAAACCAAAAGAAGUUUUUCUGCGGACAGAUUUGGCCAGUCGAUCAGCAGAUGUAUUACAAAACCUAUUUUCUGUUCAUCUUUGGGGUUGAAUUUGUUGGACCAGUCUUCACCAUGACUCUCUGCUAUGCCAGGAUCUCACAGGAGCUUUGGUUUAAAACUGUGCCAGGCUUCCAGACAGAGCAGAUCAGAAAAAGGCUUCGUUGCAGAAGGAAAACUGUGCUGGUGCUCAUGUGCAUCCUAACUGCCUAUGUUCUCUGCUGGGCACCCUUCUAUGGCUUCACAAUUGUCCGUGACUUCUUCCCCACUGUCUUUGUGAAGGAAAAGCAUUACUUGACAGCCUUCUACAUAGUGGAGUGCAUCGCCAUGAGCAAUAGCAUGAUAAAUACCAUGUGUUUUGUGACAGUCAAGAACAACACCAUGAAAUACUUCAAGAAGAUUAUGCUGCUUAGGUGGAGGUCCACCUACUAUGGAUCCAAGGCUAGUGUAGAUAUGGAUAUCAGAACCAGCGCAAUGCCCAUCACUGAGGAGGUGGACUGCAUUAAACUAAAAUGAAGUCUGGAUAGAUAUUGUCUAACAGCCAAGGUUCCCUAGCCUCAUUCACUCACUGCUUUGCUUUCUUUUCUUCUUUUUUAAUAUGUCAAAAUUUACCAAGGAAGUUGCUGUCCAGCAGAGCACAGACUAAACAAGGUCCUUGAAAUGCUCCAGAAAGCAGAACACUAGGGCACAACCAGCUUUAUCACUGUUAUUCCACUUUGUUGUGACUCAUUUUCUCUGGUGUGAAAUUAUAUUUACUCUACAUCUAGACUGGAAAUCAGGAUUUGAUUAAAAAAAAUGGGAUUAUUCCAAAAUCUAAUAUUCUUUCUUGACUCUCAUCAAAAUUCCCAUUACUCCAUAUUGGGACAGAAGCAAACAAUAUGCCAACUCACUCCAUGUGUAAGACAGAAAGGCAAGGAGCCUUUUAUGAUCAACCAGUGAUUAUGGAUCAAUGAGCUUCAAAAUGUUUUAUAUUAUCAGAACCUACACAUGCAAUUCCAGUAGUGUAGUAAGGUCCCUUACGAUGGACACUAAAAUGGCUGAAAUUAGUUGAAAUUUCUGUAAAACUUCUGCUCUUUUCUUUGUAAUAGUAUCUUUUUAGACUAGUAUCAGUGAUAUCCCUUUCUUGCAGAAAUCUUGUAGCCUAUUGAUGUUUAUAGAUGUAUGAAUGAGAUGUUUUUAUUCCUACUGCAGGCUUGAUAGAGCUGCUAUAUUUUCUUUCAGUCUCAAAUCUAUUUAACUUAAAUUUACACUAGGGAAAAAGAAAACAGACCCCUAUAUUUGUAAAACACAAUGGUUUUUUUUCAUUGUUAUGCUUAUCUUUUUAUUUUUAUUUAUUUAUUUAUUUAAACUUAUAGGCUGCCCAACGUUAUUCUAAUUUUGAUGCGAUUGCCCGUUGUUUACAGCUGUCUAAUAACAAGCUACAUAGGUAGAUAAGGAUCCAUUUGUUUUUAAAGUUCUUCAGAAUAUAAUGAAUUUGCCACUUCAUAUUGCCCUCUGAACCAUAGUUUUUUGAGAUGCCCUAUUUUUCCCCAGAACUUUCUAAAAUCUGAAGCUGACUUGGUUCAAAACAGCUAAAAAGGGAAGGCCUUUCUGCCUCCCUGUAAUUCAAGUGCUGAGUAGAGGUGUCAAGUAUGCUUGUGGUACCCAGAUAGAAGGAAAAGCCAUAGAGAUCAGUUAGCUCACAUAUACAUAAUUAGGAGAACUGAAAAUAUAUUCCUGGAUAGAUAUAAUUCACAGAACAAACUGGGAAAGCUGAGAGGUAGAAGAAACCCAAAGUUUGUGUAUUUUAUGUAAAGUGCAUGUACUCAUCUGUACUUUCUUACAAAUACUAUAUUAACCAUGACUUGAAAAAUGCAAAGUACACAUUGCAGAUCUGAAACACAGAACAAAUGUUGUCUGAUAAAAAAAAAACAACCAUCUCUACUAUUUUCCUGAAACCGAAAUGGCUUUCCUCUCCCCCAAAAUAAUAUAGUCAAGAAAAUCAGGGAACUUACCAAAUAGUAUGAACGGGCUUUCCUGAAUAUGACCAACCUUCUGAUGGGUAGACUUUGACUUGCAGAAUUCCCCAGAUAGCCUUAAGUAUCUGUGGGUUCAAGGUGACAAAUGGCAAAUACAUCCUGCCCACUGAGUAUGAUGUUAUAAUGCAUGUUCUGUGAGUCAGUGCUUGCCUCAUAAUGUCACAAUGCUUGAAAUGAUACUCCUGCCUUUAGCAUGGCCAUUGCUGACCUGAAAUCCCACUCAAUUGGAGGGAGCCCCAGAUUGGGUAAAAGGGUUUUGGGCUUUAUCCCCACUGUCUGCAAUAUAAGAAAGGGUUACCCCACUUGGUAAGAGGAAUCAUGACAGACUACACACUGUGAGAUUUCUCCAGGACAAUUUAUAAGGCAUUAACAACAUCUUCAGCUAAGGAGCUUAUUUGAAAGAGCCAGUAACUUUGGAUGCCCUGAAAAGAAUCAGGUUUGUAACUGAAUAGUUGGGGAGUUUUAAUUAUUGUAACAUUUCUACUGUUCCCUCCAAAUAACAUCAUCCCAGGCUAACAUUUGGAGUGUGAAAAGAGAUGGUCAGUUCUAGAUUAUGAUCUUUGUUAGUGUGGUCAUCUUUUUCUUUAUAGCCAAACAUGGAGGUUGACUCAAAAUUAUCCCAUCAAACCUACUGGGACUUGUUCCAAAAUAAAGUAGGAGUAACCAACUAGGAGCUAAUUGUAGACUCAAUUGGCUCUAAUUAUUACAUGCUUUGACCACACUGUUGUGCAACCCACCCUGACAAAUUCUGUAUAAACUUCCACAAAACCAAUGCCAUUGGUUCAUCAUACUCUUUUGUGAGGAACCCACAUUUUGAAACAUACAACAGCAAUCAAUGAAGCCCUCAUUGCCAACCAGGAUAGUUGGCUUCAUUUGUUAUGAUCUGAAAAUUUCAUUUUGUACUGCUACAGACAUUGGUCAUUUUGUAAAACUAGUUUUGAUGUCAAGUGGAACUUUUGUACCUUGGUCUUGUGUAUUUAUGAA